AUGGCCAUUAAUCUGCGCGCAAGAGCUUUAUGGCAAACCGCUUCCAGUUCAACGACCGUACCGCGUUUCUUGACACAAUCUCCCCAAUGGGCACGUAGAUAUACCACCCCAGCUUCAGAAGGACCACGAACAGCAAUCGUCACAGGCUCUGCUCGCGGCAUUGGAAAAGCCAUUGCCCUCCGCCUUGCCCACGACGGCUACGAUGUCUGCAUCAACGAUGUCGAAGCCAACAAAUCCGGCGCAGAUGAGGUGGUCAAGCAGAUCCAGUCCCUAGGACGGAAAUCCAUUGCCUACACAGCCGACGUGUCCAAUCUCCAAGAAGUCCAGGGCCUCGUCCAAGCAUCCGUGUCUGAACUCGGGCCUCUUUCCACCAUGGUCGCAAACGCUGGUAUUGCCCAGGUAAAAGCACUUCUCGAUCUCACCGAACAGGAUCUGAGAAGAAUGUUCGAAGUCAACGUCUUCGGCCUCCACAACUGCUACACCACCGCCGCCAAACAACUCAUCACCCAAGGCCACGGCGGCAAAAUCCUCGGCGCAGCCUCCAUCGUCGCCUUCAAACCCUUCCCCCUCCUCUCCCACUACUCAGCCUCCAAAUGGGCCGUCCGCGGCCUCACCCAAGCUUUCGCCAUGGAAAUGGCUCCCCACAACAUCACGGUGAAUGCCUAUGCCCCCGGCAUCGUCGGCACCGCCAUGUGGGAUCUCAUUGACGAAAAGCUCGGGGAGCGGGCGGGCGUGGCCAGGGGCGAGACGAUUAAACAGUUUUCGCGGGAUUUGAUUGCGCUGGGGCGGACGAGUGUGCCUGAGGAUGUGGCGGGUACGGUGGCGUUUUUGUGUGGUAGGGAUAGUGAUUACAUGACUGGGCAGACUGUUGUUAUUGACGGGGGCAUUAUUUUCACGUGA